GAGGCUUUAGCCGGUCUGGUCGAGUGAUCCGGAAGUCAGUCUUUAAAAACCUUGACAUGCACAAGGGCAGAUCCGUUAGGAAUUCACGCUCGUGUGCACACGGAUUAUCAAUCAAAACUAUGGCCUGAUCUCCUAUAUAUUUUCUUCACCGAAAUAGCAGAUUCCAGCAAUUAUUGGGUUCCGUUCAUCGAUAUAGAAAUUCAUCAUGCAUGCACAGAUAUUAUUCACUACCUCUCGUACUCGCGCAGUUACCUCGAUCGCCCGCUUUCAAAACCUCGGCCAACGGUGUAUGAGCGUCCGCCCAUUAAAAUAUGAGCAACUCGCAAACGCACCUGGUGAAUCUUCCGCACAGAAGCCAGUUCUACCGCCUCCCCGCAAAAAGGUGACAAUCGCCUCUCUGCACGCCCUCCGUCAAGAACGUACCCCGAUCACUGUACUCACAGCAUAUGAUCAUCCCACUGCGCGCGCUGCAUCAACGCACGGCAUUGAUAUCACCCUUGUCGGCGACAGCCUAGCUCAGGUCUGCCUAGGCUAUUCUAGCACCACUUCACUUACUCUCGAUGAAAUGCUUCACCAUUGCCGCGCCGUCGCACGGGGAUCAUCCGCACCGCUUCUUGUCGCAGACAUGCCGUUCGGGAGCUAUUAUGCCGGGAAAGAAGACACGGUUCGAGCAGCCGUUCGCAUGCUCCAGGAGGGAAACGUGGAAGCCGUGAAGCUAGAGGGAGGGAGGGAGAUCGCUGGACGUGUACAAGCGCUCACGAGUAUCGGAAUCCCCGUUAUGGCGCAUGUGGGGUUGCUACCACAGCGUCACACCGCGCUCUCCGGGUACCGGGUCCAGGGACGCACCGCUGAGUCCGGGAGAUCUAUUCUGCACUCAGCCCUCGCCCUUCAAGAGGCAGGAGCGUUCUCCAUUGUUCUCGAAGCCAUUCCUUCGUCUCUUGCUGCGUACAUUACAUCGCGGUUGAAGGUGCCCACUAUUGGCAUCGGUGCAGGCCCGGGUUGCAGUGGGCAGGUGCUCGUGUGGGACGACGUGAUGGGGACAUGGGCGGGGCACAAGGCAAAAUUCGUGAGACGGUUCGGGGAUGUCAAGAGCGAGGUCGAACGCGGCGUAAAGGCAUACGCUAGUGCUGUUAGAGACGGCAGCUUCCCUCAUCACGAGAAGGAAGGUUACAGGAUGGACGACGGAGAGAUCGAGAAGCUAUUGGAAAUGGAAGGUGAUCGAGAGUGGACGUGGAAUCCUCCGAAACUGAUGACGAACUGACCACAUGUUUUAAUGUAGUCAUGCAGCUGUCAUUAAUUGAGAUCCCGAGGCGUAGGUGCUACAAUAAGUUACAAGUUAGUUUAUACGGCUCAGGAGACUUCAAUUGCUUCGAGAAUGUUGAAAUAUUGCUAGGGAAAAAUCGGUGCACACACUAUACACAAUCAAUUUAAAGCUUGUUCUAUGUUGUU